AUGAGGCUGCCACUUCUGCUGUUGCUAAUCCAGUUACUGGCCCUCAGGGUCAGAGGAACCCCUGCCAAACACUGGCGUCGUGCCCCAGCCCAUGGGGUUUUCAAUGUGGAUCUCUAUGCGUACAAUAAGCCCAGGAUGAACCUGGCAGGCCAUCAGUCCCGAUCGGGACUGUCUCCGCCCAUGGGUCAGCUUCUGGAGCAACUGUCCCAGCACAGUCGUAGAUCCGCUGCCCAAAGCGCCCACUACAGGAACCUCGAUGAUGCCGGAGAGUUGUAUCCCCACGAGGAGGAGGAGGAGGUGGAUAAAGAACAGCACAAGACAAUGGAGUCCCAGGCCGUAAACAUGCAAUUAACGCCGGUUCAAAUGGAUUCGACUCUAAGCAAGGGGCACGCACAUGAAAAUGUAUAUUCGAGCGAGUUCCAUGUGCAGAGUAUAGGGGCCAAGAAAAUUGUUCAAUUGAAUACCCUGUCUGCCGGCCAUGAACGUAAACCAGUCCGAGCACAAGUUAUGGGCCAGGAACAGAAACAGGAACAGGAAGAACUCCCAUUGAAGAUGAGACUAGCGCUCCCACAGCUGCCCGCGGAGGAAGAGGAGAAGGAAGAAAAACCAACGGCCUCCAGCUCGAUAACAACGGAUACCUCGAAGGAUGCGACAGCUCCUGCAGGGGCAUGGGAGUCCCUGACAAGUGUGAAGGAAACACUGGCCGAGCCGGCGAGCGAGACAAUUAUCGGUACGGCAUCGACAGGAAUGCUGCAGAUUGUCAGCCAGCUGACAGCGGAGAAUGCCGAUGAUAAACACACAAAGGGUCAUCCAGGCAGCGAGCUGGUCCAUCAUUCCGGCACAAACGAGACCGUUGCUAAGCGCACUCGAGUGAAGGCCAGGCGAAAGCCAGCAAAAGUUGGAACUGGAACAAGAACAGGAACAAAAGCACCUAAUGAAAUUGAUACAAAGAUGACAGCGAACCCAGCUGUCACUCCUGCUACUGCUACUGCUUCUGCACCGGCUCCGAUUGUAGCUCCGCCACAGCCAAGUACAAGCUUGUCGGUUGACAAGCGGCAGCCGCCAGUGAAGGCAUUGGAAACACAAUCACCGGAAAUCAGCACGCAUCGUCCUGUGAGAACCAGGGGCAAAGGAAAAGGCAAAGGCAAGGGUAAGCGCCGCCCGGGCUCCCAGCGGCGUCCCUCGUCCACUGUCAUGCAGGAGGAAAUUGAAACUACGACAAAUUGGUGGCAGAUACUCCCAUAUGCGGAAAUUAGAACAUUUUUGAAUACGAUUUAUGAUACUAUCACCGACAACGACGACGAUGAACGAGCCACGGGCGCUGCAUUAUACCGCCGCAAUGGGUUCCAGGGCGGUUAG